UAUACGCGUUUCCUGUUGCUUACAAUUGCUUUCCUGAUUGAGCAUCAGUCGACGCUUGCGAUAGAUGACCGUUGUAUUGAUGCAUAGCGGAAGCGUUUGCAUGGUUUACAAGACGCUAUCUUUCCAACUACGCAGCAGAAUAUUGGUGUUUUAAAAAACAAAAUUUUGAGCAACCUUUUCUAAGGCACUAGCGAUGAUACUUCAGGAGGAAUCAUGAAAUACAGAAGACUAGACACGAUUGUGGAUAGCUACGGUUCGUCACACUUACUGGACACCAAUAGUUUUGUAAUUCGAUAAUAUCCUGGAUUAAAGCUGAAUUUGAUCCAGCAGAAUUAAGUUUCUGAAAGCGCCAUCAAGCCUCUAUUAUAGAUGAGCGUAUGGUAGAAACUGUACCGUUUUUGUUAUUCUAUAGUUUUGCAAAUACAAUUACCUGAAAAGCACUGAUCAGUGAUAAAGAUUUUGCAAUAACAAUUUCUGUGUAUUAACAGGCAGACACAGUCACAGUGCAACUAUGUUGUCGAACGAGUUGGUAUGCGAAAUAAUUAGAAUAGGCCUGAAAACUUUUUUGUCUGUUUUAUUUUAAGUUACAAACAAUAAAGGGUUAGGAAUAAUUUAUUCGAUUGUUAUUUUCGUUCUCAUAUUAUACAGUUUUCGUGCGACUGAAGUGCAAUCGACUUAUCCCAAUUAUCAUACAAGUAUUAUGAACUGAAAAUAUUGUUUAUUUAUAUUAUUUAAACAGUUUUGAUGACAAUCACACAGUGUCUUGAAAUAUUAAUAACUUGGAGUCAACACCUUACAGUUUUCGGCUGAUUAUUUUGUAUAUUUGAGAAGAAAAUUGCUACAUAAAACUAACAAAAUAUGACAAUAUCCAAAACUUCGUUUUGUAGUACCAAUAUUCGAAAUGGACAAACAAGUAAUUUCGCUUAUUCUUUUACAGAAAAUGGUAGUUUAAGUUAUGUUAUAACAAAUAAUUCGGAGUACGUAAAAUUACCUCGGGUAACUUCAUGCACACCUCUAAAAUUGUGGAAAAUAAUACUCAAAACAAAAAUGAAAAGCACGUUUAUAUGGAUUAUCACUCACUAUAUUUUGACGGUGAAAUUUACGGCCUUUGCCAAUAUAAACGACACAGAAAUACACGAGGUAAUAAUGAUCAAGCCGAGAUGUCUUGAAAAUGAAACGGUGUUUCACACAUUAUUUUGCAACGAUAAACUAAAAUGCAAAGAUGGGAUUCCAAUACAAGAUGUUUAUGCUGAGUGGCAAAUAUGCGAAUCGUUGAGGAACAGCAAAACGCAGUAUUGUGUGGUAGAAAGAGACGAAAUAUGUAAAGAGAAAGUCGUAUGUUCAAACAUGAACCCAUGUGAUGCAAGAUGUGAUUCUCAUUAUAAAUGUCAGAAUUCAGAAUGCAAGCUUCGUAGCACGGUAUGCAAUAAGAAUGCGUGUGAUGGUUGCACUGAAGAAGAUCACGAAUGGAAUAACGGAAUCGGAUUCAAAUGCCGGAGAAAUGACGAGGAUUGUGUCCUGCCUCAGCAAUUAAUUCACGAUGACAUAGCAGACUGUGAUGGAGGUGCAGAUCUAUGUUUUGAAGCUCAAUAUCAUCUGAAUAACAGUUUAAGAACAGAACUACAACAUCGUGAACAUCUCCAUCUUUUAAAAUGUUUCAUGUGCUUAAAUGACGUCACCGUGAUUGCUUCAACGAGUGUUUGUGACGGAAUAAUAGAUUGUCCGGAUCUAUCUGACGAAUGUCUUUGUGAUAAAAGUCGACCUAGAAUUUGCGAACAAGUGAUUUCAUAUGAUGAAAAUGGAUUUAUCUCCUUACCUCUGGUUGCAUCACCAACUACAGAGAGCGGACUCACCAUGACAUGGUUUUCAAGUGGAAAAUACACAGAUUGUAAUGUUGGUAACGUGAUAUGCGCGGGGGGAUAUUGCAUCAAUCCAGAGUCAGUUUGUGACGGUACAAUAGACUGCCGAGAUGAUGAAGGAUACGACCAUUGUCGUGGAACUGUACCGUGUUCCGGGGCAAUAAAAUACGAACAGAAAUGCAGAUGUUCUCGCGGUAGUCACACUUGUGUAAAUAUUCACGGAGUAGCUUGUGACAGUGUGGCAGAUUGCCAUAUUGGGCCACCUUCUUGGGGUUCUAUUAUUUCUGCACCUCCUUUUCCUGAUGAUGAGUGCAGGGCUAGAUGCUUUGAAACCUUUACAAAUUUUACCUGUAAUCAUGAUGCAAUACAUGCAGCAAUACAAAUGGUAGGGGUAGCAGAGGAAUAUAUCUCAUGCGAACAUCAUUUGGAAUUGGAUGCCAACCAAAGUAUAAUAAUAACCAAGCAUCUAGAAAAGAAGUUUGUCUGUGAUGGAAAGCUACAUUGUCCACAGGGCGAUGACGAAAAAAAUUGUGAUAGAUUCUUGUGUGAUGGGGAAGAGGAAGGUGUUAUAAGUAUAGAGUUUGACAAGGUGUGUGAUGGAAUUGAACAUUGUAAAAAUGGUUCGGAUGAAUCGAUAGAACUUUGUGCGGAAAAGAGAUUCCAUUGUCCUGCUCUAGGAGGAAAAAAGGUUAGCAUCGAUGUUGGAUUGAAAUGCGAUUUUUUGAUAGCUUGCGAUGAUGCAACAGAUGAAAUGAACUGCACUGAUGGCCGAUUUUACUGCGAAAAUAAAAAGCCAUUAUUUGUUCUGGCAAAGCAGAAAUUUGAUGGACGUGGUGACUGCACAGAUUGGAGUGAUGAAUGUCCAACUAUUGACCAAUCAACUUCAACUGAUGGUUUUUCGUCAAGAUAUGAACUCAUUGCAAAUCCCAUAUUGCGGGCUGUUGUGUGGAUCAUGGGGUUGUUAUCUCUUGGUGGAAAUGGGGUUGUUAUUUUUCAUGAAACGAGAAGACUGAGGAAUAGCAACAGAAAAUUGACAGCCAUCGUAAUAGCAAAUAGAUUGCUGAUUUUAAAUCUGGCCUUCUCUGACGUCAUCAUGGGAAUAUAUCUUCUAUCGCUUGGGAUUGCUGGCCUCGCUAUGCAGGGCGUAUACUGUUCUAGAGACUUAAUUUGGAGAUCAAGUGCAGCAUGCACGACAUUGGGAAUUUUAUCGGUUAUUUCAAGUGAAACCUCGGUUAUAACAAUGGUUCUGCUGACUAGCUGUCGGCUUUACGCGAUUUUUAAACCAUUCAAAUCAUCUCGUCACCCCAAAAUGAAAAUAGUGUCUUUUAUGAUCCUGAUAGCUUGGACGAUAUCAUUUUUAAUCGCCAUACUACCGCUUUCUUCACAUUUGUCUGGAAUGUUUGUCAGUCAUGCAGAAUUUGAAUAUUCUCCAUACUCCUCAAACGCAACAGUCACCUUGGAUGAGACUAAAUCACUUUUUACAAGGCUGCUGACAUAUGACCUCAAGCCCAACAUGACGUUUCCAGAUAAAUUUUCAGUGAACAAUUUUCAGUCAUGGCAAGAUAUUGAAUCGGAAUCAACCAAAUAUUUUCUUCAUAAACAUUUCAAAAUUCAAAAGAAGUUUGGAUAUUAUAGUGUCGACAGCGUUUGCAUUCCAAAAUUUUUCGUAACCAAAGAUGAUCGGGCUUGGCCUUUUUCUUUCUUUGUUAACCUUUUCAACUUUUGUGCGUUCGUCUUCGUUGCAUCAUCUUACGUUGCAAUUUAUAUCAAAUCAAGAGAAGGGUCAAAGUUCAGAAGAACUGCAUCACGUGCAGAGAAAGACGAUGGAAAUAGAUCCUUGCAACGAAAAAUUCUCCGACUCAUCAUAACUGACUUCUGUUGUUGGAUACCAAUCUGUAUCCUGGCCUUCUGCAAACUAGGAGGAGCAAAUGUUUCAAAUACUGCAUAUGUCGUGGCAGCAAUAGUGCUUCUACCGAUUAACAGUGCACUGAAUCCAGUUCUGUAUUCAGACCUGCCAGAUGCUUUAUAUAAAAAACUAAGCGAAAAAUUCCAUGGAAUUGUGAACUUGCCAAGUUCUCGUUCUACCAUGUCGACCGCGGUGAAUGGACGAACAGACAUAGAAGAAAGCGAAUUGUAAAAUCACUGCUGGUGUUAUCUAUAAUGGAUUCAAAACGCAGACAUGAAAGCUAGUGCAUGAACAGCAACGUUUAUUGUUAGGCAACUGAUUUUGCCAUAGAUAUUUUUAUUCAGAUGAUAUUAUUUUGCACGUUAUUGCUUUUUUUCUUGCAAACUUGAACCACGGAUCUCUCGUGGAUCCUGUAUCUUCACUUGAUAGCAUAUACAUCUACCUCUACUUUUAAUAAUUAAUUCUCUGCUAGGCUCUAUGACCAACAACCGAAUGGUCUUAUUCGGCAAAACAUUGUUACCUCAAAACAUUGACGAUUCACUAUAUUACACGGUGUGAAAAAUUUGAUUGGCAAGUGAGGAUCGAUAUGAUUGGAGGUAUCGUAUCUGCUAUGAAUUAAAAAAGUAAGGCAAGUAGUUGAGCAGAAAAUGGAAAUGUUGUGCAGAAUUUGGUACGAGGUAAAUCGCAGGCGAUACAUAAGAUAUUCUAACAAAUCUUAAUAGUAACAAGUUCUCUCAAAACAAAAUUUGGUUUUACUUAUUCAGGUUCACGCAUGGCUUCAGCCAAAGUCACCAAAUCAA